GCCGCCAUAAUUGGGCGGCAGAGACGACUGCGCACCAGGCCGUCGUCCUCAAUGGAAGCGUCGACACGUCUAAGUGUACCCUGAGCCACCACGGUGAGGGCGGGUGGUGGCAACGGCGGCGUGUCCAGUCUUUGCUGUCUCGACGUAGGCCCCUGCGGCGUCGAAUCGAGAGCCUGGAGCCCGAAGUUCAAAGCCUGAUCCAGGAGCAAGAGACCGCCAACGAGCAAGGGACUCCUCGUGGCGGCAUUCUAGGCGGCCAUCUAGGAGAAGCUUCGACGUUCUUCUCGGUUGACUAGCAACAGGCAAGGCCAAGAUGCCUCUGGGGGUCGGUAGAGGAAACCUGUUCGACCAGGGCAUGAAUGGGCCUGGACGGCUGCCCGAUGGCGGGGGCGAGUCUCUGGAGAUGCCUACCAUCAAGGCUCUCAAGAAUCUACCACCUCCAGACCUUGUAAAGCGACUGAAAAAGCAGGAAGACGAGAAGGGCUUCAUGAAACAUGACGAGCUCCAGGAAGAGUACUACGAGAGCGCAGGUGGCAUGCCCGGCGCAGAGCCGGGCGCCGAAGUCGGUAAAAGCUGGCGCCGCCUGCUGGAGCCCAACUGUCCCUGCUGCGACAUCUCAAAGCGACUCACUGUGGCCCUGCUCAGUUCCAUAGGGUUCCUCAUCUCUUUCGGCAUCCGCUGCAACAUGGGUGUCGCCAUCGUCAAAAUGACUGCCAACAACUCGGACACAAUGAAGGCCGAGUUCGACUGGUCUCCGGAGACCAUCGGCGUGAUCGACUCGUCUUUCUUCUGGGGCUACCUCAUCACACAGGUGCCCGGAGGAUUCCUCGCAGCCAAAUACCCAGCAAACAGGGUUUUUGGCACCGCAAUAGCAGUGUCAGCGUUCCUCAACAUGCUCAUUCCUGGAGCGGCCAAGAUUGGCUUCACGAUGGUCAUGAUUGUCCGCAUCCUCCAGGGUCUCGUUGAGGGCGUGACGUAUCCGGCGUGCCACGGUAUCUGGAGACAUUGGGCGCCGCCCCUGGAGAGGAGUCGGCUGGCAACGCUAGCUUUCUGCGGCUCGUACGCCGGUGCCGUGGUCGGUAUGCCCCUAUCGGGCAUCCUAACCGACUACGUAGGAUGGCAAGCCUGCUUCUAUUUCUACGGCGUGUUCGGCGCCAUCUGGUACGUCUUCUGGCUGUGGCUCUCUUUCGAGAAACCCAGCAGGCAUCCGACCAUCACCCAGGCGGAGCUCAUCUACAUCGAGAACAGCCUCGGACAAGUCACUCAGACGGCACCCACGUUGAAGACGACUCCGUGGAAGAACAUCUUCACAUCGCUGCCGGUGUAUGCCAUCAUCGUGGCUAACUUCUGCCGCAGCUGGACUUUCUACCUGCUAAUAAUAUCGCAGCCCAUGUACUUCGGACAGGUCUUCAAAUUCGAAGUAGACAAGUCGGGUCUCCUGGGCGCCCUGCCGCACCUGUGCAUGACCCUCGUCGUGCCCCUGGGAGGCCAACUGGCCGACUACCUGCGGACGCGCCAGAUUCUCAGCACGACAGUCGUCAGAAAGAUCUUCAACUGUGGAGGCUUCGGCAUGGAGGCUGUGUUCCUCCUGGUCGUGGGCUACACCCGAAGCACCGCCGUGGCCAUAUCAGCGCUGACCCUGGCCGUGGGAUUCAGUGGUUUCGCCAUAUCAGGUUUCAAUGUGAACCACCUGGACAUCGCCCCUCGGUACGCAAGUAUCUUGAUGGGGCUGUCCAACGGCGUCGGCACAUUGGCCGGCAUGCUAUGCCCCAUCGUGGUAGAGUACAUCACUGACAAAAAGUUACACGGCGGCGACUACGCUUCCCGCUGGGAGAAAGUGUUCCUGAUCGCUAGCCUGAUCCACUUCGGUGGCGUCAUCUUCUACGCCAUCUUCGCGUCGGGAGAAAAACAGUCGUGGGCGGAACCUCCGCGGGAAGACGAAGGACCUUCGUGGAAUCCGCUCGAGAACGCCUUCAAGGAGGACUCGGGAGCGAACAAUGCGACGCAGCAGCAGUCGUCCUUCCAACGCCAGACAUCGUACGGUGCCACGGCUGAGACAAACUUUCCCGUGUACGAAACACGCGAGGAACGCGUCCAGGAGCCAUCCCGGGAUGCGUACGACCAGAGGGACUUCUAGCCGGAGAACUAAGGCGGACGGGUACUGCGAAGACGUGGGCGGAGACGUCGAGGCGCCGCCGAGACGAACACGAACGGAAGGAGACGGACGAGCAGGACUGGAGGAACCGCGGACGUCAACGGGAACACCGUCGGCGACGACGAGAGACGCACGCAUGUGGCCACAGCACGACGUCCCGCCAAGACGCGACCCCCGCGGUCCGCCAGAAACGACGACCACCCAUCACGGAGGCAAGCCGAAGAAGGCGCAACGACCGAAGCCGCAAAGCAAGGAUAGCACAGGGCCGCGGCUAUGUGCCGUGUUCGUUGAGUUUGAUUACGGUCUUUCACCAUCUUUUCAUAUAUUAUUUUUUUCCUUCUGAUUCCUCGUCUGCGAGGUGAUAGGCUGCGGCUGGCGAACAAAGGUCUACCCCCCCCCCCCCCCCCCCCCGCACAUCAGCUACGCAAACUCCGCGUUUCACCAAUUUCGUGUAGUGAAGCUAAGGCUGAGAAUCUCAUCAGCCAUUCGCGAGAAAGAGUCGACGAAACUUCGGCGCCACUGUGCGCAAUUGUGCGCAUGGCAGACGGCCGCUCCGUUUCUGAUUAACGCCUAGAGCGAAGCUGUUGCAUUUCUUGCAGGCUUUCUGAAGUUGCGAGGUGCCGGCUUGAUUGAUUGAUAUGUGGGGUUUAACACCCCAAAGCCAUUAUAUGAUUAAAUAGACACUGUAGUUGAGGGCUCCGGAAAUUUCGACCACCUGGGGUUGGUUCUUUAACGUGCACCUAAAUCGGAGCACACAGGCCUACAGCAUUUACGCCUCCAUCGAAAAUGCAGCCGCCGCAGCCGGUAUUCUAUCACGCGAUCUGCGGGUCAGCAGGCGAGUACCUUAGCCAUUAGACGACCACGGCGGGGCAUGCGAGGUGCCGGGCUAUCGACUCCAAAAUCUUGCUCAAGGACACUCGACUUCUCGUUGUUGUCUAAAUCACUAUCUUUAUCCGCUUCCAACAAUCUGACUGGCUGAGAAAGCAAUGUAUUCUAACAGCCUUCGACAAGGCUACAAGUGAACUGCGAGUCCGCGUUCCGGAUUCAAAACUACCCGCACUUUUUCACACUCCCUCUGUACGAAAUUGGUCAGCUGGAGCAUGCGUAGUAUUGAAUCAACUUGCCGGUUUUUUGAGCGACUGAAGGAUACUCGAGAUGGUUAUUACGACGUAAUUAUAGCAAUGCAAAAUGCAUACACAUCCAAAAAAAACGAUGAAAAAACUCAAGUUACGUACUAGUACUUUGGGGAUGUACGUUUAGCACAUAAUUCCUGUGUGUUGUUUAAUAGUAAACAAAAGAGGCGAUGUCGAUAGGAAGUUGUAUGGCAACGAACACGCCUGUCCUUCCAAACGCUACAUUACACUCUCUCCAGUUAGACAUUGAUGAUACGUUCAUCUUUACUCUAACAACCCAACGCGAGCUCCGAAAGGCAGGUGCGAGUUGUCAGAACGUUUCUCAUUAGGUCGAGUAGUUGCGGUCAGGCUAAACGUACCGUAUUCUACUUAUCUGAACUACGCAAUGUCGCCGAGGUUUUGCGUAGUUGCCAAGUCAUCCUUCGACGAGUUCGUGCUUCGUUCGCGAAACCUCGCAAAAUGCGAGAAAACCCCAAACCAAUCUGAGCAUGAGGUACAUCCAGGCCAGUGGGUUAUCCCACGUACUUUAGACGACACUGGAGCACACCGAAAUGAUCUUCACAAAUGUGUAAGCUCUAGAGAGCAAAGAGUAAAAUAACCUCAUUUUUUUUUCAAAUACGGAGUGAGUAGCGGUGCUUUGAGAGGCGGGUUUAAAGAGUAAUAGCAGCCUGGUCUUCUUCUUUUUCUUUUUUAAGGCCAUUACCAACAAACAGAGGAACCAUUGCAAGUUCGAAAUAGUUUGAUGAAAUGUCUCAAAGCGUUGCCGAAUUUCUGAGGCGCUGACACUUGCAGACAUGUCGCCGAGACGAGGUGCAUCUGUGAAGGCGAGAACGAUAUUCGUUGAAAGAAAAAUGAAAAACAUAUUGUUUAUUUCGGAAACCUGACAAGCGGCGACAUUACGGCGGUCUGUCAAUAAUUAUACCGCGGUAUAACGAUGUCGUUGACCGGGAUAUUAAAAAAAAAGAAGGAUAAACAGCCUGAUAGACGUAAAUAACUGUGUUAUUUAGUAAUCGGUCACGCCAUAGCUCAUCUGUAUUAAAAAAAAAGCCGACAAACUUUCGUUUUCAGCACACCGGCUUCUCAGUUCCCACCGCUCUACAGCGCUGAGAACCGAUAAGCUGCGGCGUAGGCAGACUUUUUAAAGAAGUGUUCUUAAAUAUAUCAACAGUGGUUGUGGCAUCAUUGACCUCCUUUCAAAGCCUUUUCUUCCCCGAGUGAAAUUCGCUGCAGUCGCUGCCUCUAUACUGUAAAACUGACGCCGUUUCCAACGAUGCUCGCAGCAAGAGAUUCAAGCUAGGAAAAGAAGCGUACGCGAAUCGAAUACGUAAAACAAGGUCCCACGGCCACAAGACCAUACCGCGACCCCUGUGUGCAAAAGCACGAGCUUUGAGUGGGUGUGGGUGUUUUUUUUUUCUUUGUUGCUGUCACUUUCUAAAUCACCCAGCAUAGGGCUUCGUUAUCUAAAGACUCUACAUUUGUAAGCAUUGAGUUAAUGCGAUCAAUCUCAUGCGAAAGCGUAUGUUCUUAAAAGACGCGUUACGUUACCUUAAUGGUAUCCGUUGAUUGCACAGCAUCACCGUAUGACGUCAGUACAUGCAGUCACUGAAAAUGUCUUCACAUGACGUCACGUGACUGGUACCAUUCUCGUUCACGCCGACGAGAGUUCCGAAAAUGCAACGCCAGCCGCCAGUUCGUUUUCUUUUUUUUUUUCCUUUUUUUUUUGCUAAUGAAACAUACGAGGCUUUUGUUUUAACACGUACAAAUUAAUCUGUGAGCUCCAAGAUGUGUAGAGGCAGCCACUGCCGGUACACAGAGCAGCGACUGCGUGUAGCCCGCGGUAUGUCUCCCUUCCGCUCCCGCGUAAAAUAGCUUAGCCUCGUGUACAUACCAAUCGCUUCGAUGUGAGCAUGGCCGUACCGCGACUACCACAAAGCAAUAUAGCGUCUGAACGGCUCCUCUCGCGGAACGAAAGGCAGACAGCGGCAGGGCACGAAACUCUCUCUCUCUCUCCCUCUGUUACGCUCGAAGCAGAAGCGAAGACGAGGAGGGAACAGGUGGCGUCUGGAAUGCACGAACUGUGUCACUCCCAACCCCCUCAAGACAUUGGACGCUGAUGCUGAAGUUUGUGAGAAAUGUGUGCAGACUCGAUGAUCCGACCGGCAGAUCGGGUCGACCAAGAACUGCAGCCGCGUGUAAAAGUCCCGCACAUCGAUGUCGUUCGAUGUUCAUGUCUGAACGUAAGGUGAAUGGCCGGUUCUGUUUAGGAUAGUUGGUACAGUCACGGAAGACUGAAACACGGACAAGGUGUACGUUUAACAUAGGCAUGAUUUCGCUUUGCCUCAAAUUGCGCCUUCAAAUUACCGCUAACGGAAGCCGUUCCACCCUGCUAAAUUGAUGUUAUCGUUUAGUUUGUCCAUGGUUGUACGUGCUUUUGAGCGCGAGAACACCAACUGCCGCAAUAUCGAGCAAGUACAGAAGUUAAUGUACUGUACUGUGCAGCGCAAGCAGGGAACAGCUUUGUUUAGACAUCAUUUUGUCUCCGUAACUUUGCGAUUGUAUUUCGGCUGGUAAUGACGCCUGCCGUAUUAAAUAUCCAGGACGAGAAGACAGACGAGAAAUGAAUCAGGGUGGUCUAUUCCGAGUGUCUGAGUGUGUAUGCUUGAAGUGUGUGAUAUAGGUACAUACAAUCUGUUACGGAGUCUGGCCCGGUGCUACGACGACAGACUGCCUAUGAGUACGCUUAACGCUCUGAUGACAGAUGUGCGACGAAUCGCUGCGUUGAUGCGCACGUGUUGACGUUGAUGUUGCAAUGCUCGCGUGAUGUUGGGUGGUUCUGCGCAUGCUCUGCUGAUCUGUUGUGAAAUGAGAUUAUGUUGCAGCGGGUGUGGUGCCUGAAGAACUUGACGCAAGGUGCUACAGACACUAUCAUUAUUUCUACAUAGGUGUCGAACCGUGUCAUCGUGCAUGACGGCGUCCUCGGUCACGACAUUUUCUUUCGGUGCGACGCGUUUUUCCGAGAUUCUAACAAGCGCUUCAUUCCAACCGCUCCUUCUCAAUUUAAAAGCACAUAACCCCCCCCCCCCCCUUUUCAACUUUAUCCAUAGGUUGCACGUAAAGUCAUGGUCGCAGCUUCAUGACGUACUUGUUCACCAACAUGGUGGUCAUGAUGAUGUAAAGGACGUACAAUCACAUCGCGUUAACGUACUUCGAUAUGAUAACGAUGCGACCAGAAUUUUAUUGGUCACUCUGCGUCAAUAACAAUGAAACUUGCAAAUGAUGUUAUGAUCAUACUGACACAGCGACGUUACAAACCUUGCUGUGUGUCAUGCGCUGCACCAACAAUGGCGGUUUCAGUGACGUCAGUGCCCACCACCUAUACGUCAUCUCUCAUACCUUUUGCGUCAAUACAUUAAUCUUUCCUGAGAGGAUUACUGAGCACAAUUAAGGGAGUGACCCUUCAGUUUAAUUAUUAAAGUUCCGCAUCUAUAAAAACUCCUCCUCUGCUCGUUCUCAAGGAUUUUCUUUUUCCUGUUACUACUUAUUCCCUGAACAGUAAAGUUUAAAAAAACCUACGUUGGCGACAAUGGUGGCAAAAACGGCAUCAUACUGCAUCCAGAUUCGAUAAACGGCCGAAUCCGGCGAAAAGCCGAGCAUCACGAAAUGUACGCAUUCGCUCUGUGGUCACAAAGGCCAAAUACGUACGUCUGGAACUAAAUUCCUGACUUAAUAACUCUCACAGCCUGCACGGGGAAUAUGCUUGGAACUAACACAGAGCUAGUCCGCAACAAGGACGUCGAUUUUUAGACAAGUGCUGUUUUUUUAUUACUUUAAUACCUGAAGCGAGCGUGUUUAUUUCCUGCACGAGCUCAGCCAACUGCGUUGUUUCGUUCAGCAGUAUACGUAGCCUCCAUAGUACAUCACAGCAUCGCUACUUUUUGAGCGAAGGUAUCGAAACUUUGCCUUUAGAGACAUGCUUAUAGCCUGGCAGCCAUUUUGUACUAACCGCUUUUCAAGGAUACUUAGCAGCGGCUUGUCUACACUGUACCGGUGGACGCCUUCAGCUCCACUCAGAAGAACCACGCAUAUAACUCAGGUCAGAAACAAUCCCCAGACAGUUCACAGAAAGCACCGUCAACAAGCGGUCUCUUAAAUGCCCAAACUCCGUUCGAAUUGCGAUCGUUAUCUUCAGUGCCGACAGCAUACGAAGCACGGUUUUCGUUUUGUCUCGUUUCCAAAAAGGUGCCGCCGUACCUGAAGCUUUAUGAUGCCUUAUUGAAAUAGAGCUUUAGAUCACGGGGGGUGAGCGAGAGAAAAGGUUAUUCAUCAAGGGCUCUAUGGGUACGGGCGAUGCAGGCUACGUUUGCUUCCAGGCCGGGCCUCUCAGUGACGAAUUCAGCUCGUGCCAGGAGCCAUCGUAAUGACAUCCCAGGAUCACCACUUGAUUGAUCCCAAUGGCAUUGCUUGAGCGGCAAACCUCGUCAUUCCUCAUUAGAAGUUGUACCUGUUUCACAAAA